AGUGUGCUGGGUUCCGUCUGUGUGCUUUCACGUAGAGGAGGAGCGCGACUGACGUCUGUGGCACCGUCGCCAACCAGCCCCGCCCCUUUCUCUCCGCCCCGCCCUGCGGAACAUGCUGGGCGUGGGGCUAGGACGAGGGUUUUUGCCCCCGUAGCAGCUCAGGCCGGGCGCAGUCACAGCUCGGAAGCAGGGCUGGGGGGGAAGGGGGCGGUGGGUGGUCUGCGCUCGUCUCGGUGCUACCAGAGUGGCGCAGGGGAACUGCUGCUAACUAAAAAUGGAUGAAAGCCGACAAUCAGACAUGAAAAAUACAGACAAUAGAAAAGAUGACAGAGAAGAGUUACUGGAAUUUACUGAGAACUUUAACCAACUUGAAUUGUUGGAGACACACAGACAUCUAAUUCCUAUAGGAACUCAGAGUCUUUGGUCCGGAGAGUCUGAAGAAGAAGAAGAUGAGGAGGAAAAAAGCGAGGAGUGGUUCCAAAUGCAAGAAAAAAAAUUGGAGAAUAAUCCAGAAAAACUGUUGCUUUGGGCAGCAGAAAAAAAUCGGCUUAGCACAGUGAACAGGCUCCUUUCUCAAAAACUAGCUCCUGUUAAUGUCCAAGAUGAAGAUCAGUACACUCCCCUCCAUCGAGCUGCCUACAGUGGACAUUUAGAUGUUGUGCGUGAGUUGAUUGCCCAAGGUGCAGAUGUCCAUGCACUGACAGUGGAUGGCUGGACUCCUCUACAUAGCGCAUGUAAGUGGAACAAUACAAAGGUGGCUUCAUUUUUACUUCAGCAUGGUGCAGAUAUCAAUGCUCAAACAAAUGGACUGCUGACACCAUUGCAUCUUGCAGCAGGAAACAAAGGGAGUAAAGAAACUCUUGAACUUCUGCUGAUGAAUCGUUAUCUGAAACCAAAUCUAAAAAAUAACUUGGAUGAAACUGCAUUUGAUAUUGCUAGAAGGACUGACAUAUAUCACUACCUUUUUGAAAUUGUAGAAAGUUGCACAAAUUCUGUGCCAGAUUCUUAAAAAAAAAUAUUAUUUAAACUUUUGAAUGUGAAUUUCACUUCCUCUUUGUAACAUGACAUUCUUUAUACUUCCAUGCAAAACUAGUGGUUUCUCUCCACUUCUCAGAAAAGAUUAAAUGGGAGAUAUUAUAGAUGGAAAUCUCAUGAUUUAGAUUCAAUUAUUUUUGCAAGACAAAUGACCAUAUACUUUGACAUAUCACUUACAUACAUUAGUAAAUUUAGUGGUCUCUAAAUUAGUAAGGACCUACUGUAAUUAAAGUCUAAAGCACUAAUAUCAAGUCUUGGAGUGAGCUGGAACAUUAACUGUUAAGUGAAAAAAGUCUAGCAGGUUAUGCACAAAUUGAUAGUCAAUGUUUGUGUUAAACUUUGUGACUUGAGACACUUGUUUUAACUCUUCUAAAAGUGCAUGCAAUUGAAUGCAAUUAACUUAGACAGGGGACACUCCAAAAUAUAUGGUUAACACUAAAUAUUGUUUGUGUUGUGGAUCUUUGUUGAUGGCCUUAUAAUCAAUGGAGUUGUCUAUUGAUAGACCAAGAGCAUUUUCCUAAAGGUAUUGAAGCUGUUCAAGUUUAGUUUUAUUGAUAGAGAUGACUGUCAUUAAAGAUCCUCAUUACACUCGCCUUCAAAAUUAGUUAAGGAAUAAUGUUCAAGUGCACUGUCUACAAUCUGAAACACAAAGUUAAAUGAAACACUGUUGUCUGAUUUGGUUGAAACAUUUUUGCAAAGCAGAAAGGACCUUAGUAGUAUAUCUGAUUCAUGCUGACAUCUUGUAUAGUUGAUUCUAACACAAAUGUCAGGACACCAUUGUAGUCACAUAUUUCAUUUUGUGUAUUUUCUCAUAAAUUCUCACUACAUUUUAGACAGUACCCUGAGUUCAGUUCCUUAUUUGAUCCCCUUUUUAACUGAAGAGAGGCCAGUAUUACUAAUCUGGAACAUUCAAAUAUCAUGAGGCGGGCACACAAGAUAUGAGAUUUGAUGAAAAACCAUGUGAUUUGAAAAUAAUAAACAGUGAGAGAUCAUGAUGUAUUUUCUGGCUAUUGAACAUUUUUGGUAUGCACUUGAGUUAUAUUGUCCAGCUUUUCUCUGCAACCAUGACAGUUAGAAACUUACUUCCAGGUUUUAGUCUAAAGUAGAUUCUCAUGUUUUCUCAUGACUCCAGUAGCUAAAGCUUUAAGACUUACACCAAACAUGAUAAAACUCUCAAUUAAAUCACCAGUGUUGGUAACACAGUGUAGUCUAACUCUAGCAUUUUCUCUAUUUGUCAGCACCUUUCUCUCCAAGUAGCUCAGGAUCAGAUCAUAAAAGGGUAUUGCAAAGCUCAGCUUUGCCUUUGAGGCACUUAGAAAUUACAGGAACAACACUGUGAUCUACAAAGCCUAAGUUAUAUGCUUAAAUAAUGACUGGGAAGAGGCAGGCCUUCUAGCAUAUGAUCAACAGUCAGUCAGUUUGGCAACUCAGGUAAACUAACCAAUGGGAGAUGCUGAUGAGGGGUGUUUCUUGAGUCCAACCUCCUCACAGAAAUAGUGACCCAACUCCAGGCUGCAAAAACACAAGACGCAUAACCAGGAACCUAUCUCCCGCAGUCAGGUGGCUUAAACACCUAACCUACUAUUUGUGAGAAUGGGUAAGGCAUCUGUCUCACUCCACACAAAAUGGCCAGAAAAGUGGUUAACUUACGUGGGAUGCAAGAGGGCCAUUGAAGAAGGGAAACAUCUAGGCUAUGUCUACA